CUAGUUGGUCCGCCAUUUUGUAUGUCAGAUCAAAAAUUCCGUCAGAGCUUGAAUAUAAUUGCAAAUAUUGGCAUUAAUAAGAAACUUCGAAGCAAUUGUAAUGCAAUAGCAUAUAAGUAAUGGCUAGUAACCCCGAUGAAAAUAAUAAAGACCCCAAAAGUGAGGUGCCACCUGGGAAAGAUGACCAAAUGACAGCAUACGUGGAAAAAUAUGUGACCCGAAUGUGCUACGGUAAUGAUCUCCGUACCACCCUGACCGUUGAAAAGAACAAGAAAGUCGAUGUGUUGAUCGCUAAGAAGUACACCGCUUUGAACUACUUGACCCAUGUCGACAAUCCCCAAAAUCUUGUUGCCAACCUCCAGUUUUUGCACUCUAGGAACGCAAAUAUGCUGAAAGGUCUCUAUCAGGUGGUCAACGCCAAAAGGAACGCAUUCCAGGCCUACGAUGUCUACUGCAAGAAGGUUCUCAGGGUCAAGGCUGACAUGCAGAAGCAGAGGAAAUGCUUCGAUGAGUUCACCGGGAUGAACUAUCACGAUCUAAAGAAGAUCAUUCUAAACUCUACGAUAGAGGUGCAAGAAAUCCGCGAGAAGACGGAUUUAAAAUCCGUAGAGCUGAAGAAGAAGCGAGAACUCAUUAAGGCUAGCCAGAAGUCAAUGAAUAAUGACAUCCGUGUAUUAAGUCAGAUCGAACGAGACGCCAUGGAAAUUAUCGAAGAUUUAAAAUCAAAAAUUUCUGCUAUGCAAGUCCAGCAAAAGGCAAAUAACAUUUGAACAAUCACCAAAAAUACAUUGAAUUGAUUGGGGCUCUCAAUCAAAAAUACCUCAUCUUCUAAUAAAUAAUUGUGGAAAUCCUUAAA